AUGAUCACGACGCCAGAAAAGUGGGACGGCAUAACGAGAAGCUGGAACACUCGAGAAUACGUAAGGAAAGUGAACCUGAUCGUCAUUGACGAAAUCCAUCUCUUGGGCGUUGAUCGUGGAGCUGUAUUGGAAGCGAUCAUAACUAGGUUGAAGUUGUUGACUCGAAGGUCUUGCGUACGUGAAUCUCCUGCGCGACUUCUUGGACUUUCAACAGCCCUUGCAAAUGCUGGAGACGUGGCCGAAUGGUUGGGAAUUAGAGACGAAGGUCUCUUCAAUUUCCGGCCAUCUGUUCGACCAGUGCCAAUCGAGGUCCAUAUUCAAGGUUUUCCCGGUCAACAUUAUUGUCCUAGAAUGGCGCUCAUGAACAAACCAGCUUUCAAAGCUAUCAUCACUUACUCUCCGCUGAAACCUGUCCUAGUUUUUGUGGCAUCCAGAAGGCAAACUCGCUUGACGGCGAUGGCAUUCAUAAGUCAUCUAGUGGCGGAAAGUGAUCCUCGGCAAUGGCUUCAUGUUGAUAUGGCUGAGCUGGAAGUGUUACUACAACAUGUGAAGGACGAAAAUCUCAAGCUCACUUUGCCAUUUGGUAUAGGGAUGCACCAUGCUGGUCUCUCUUCCCACGAAAGAGCUCUUGUAGAACAGUUAGCAGAAUGUUUUAUUCCAGCUCUUCCUGGAGAAAAAGAUCCAGGUUCUGAUUGCAACGGCAACACUAGCAUGGGGGAUAAACAUGCCGGCACACUUGACGUGCUGCAGAUGAUGGGCCGAGCUGGUAGACCGCAGUUUGACUCGAGUGCCGUGGCAGUUAUAUAUGUGCAAGACGUAAAGAAGACGUUCUACAAGCGAUUCCUCUAUGAGCCGUUUCCUGUUGAAUCGAGCCUUCUUCCUGUCCUUGCGAAUCACGUGAAUGCUGAGAUCAAUGCAGGGACCAUCACCAGUAAACAGGGCAUUAUGGAAUACAUUGCUGGUACCUACUUGUAUAGACGACUGUUUGCCAAUCCAAACUACUAUGGCCUCGAAGACCUCUCUGACAAAUCGCUCGUCGCAUUUUUGGUUGGAGUAGUCGAUCAGUGUGUUGCUGAUCUGCUGGAUUCAAAGUGCCUUAUCAUUGACGAGGAGACUGGAGAGUUACGCUCUUCGCCGUAUGGUCGUAUUGCUAGCAUUUACUAUCUUCGUCAUGAGACCAUGAAGUUUAUGUUGGACGAAAUUGGUCCGGAUGACACAAUUGAAGAUCUGCUCAAAACGCUUUCUCACGUUCCCGAAUAUGGCGAAAUACCUGUGCGGCACAAUGAAGAUGUUGUGAACACUCAGUUGCAGCGGAAACUGCGGAUAAGAUUUGCCACAAGCGUAAUGGACUCCUCUUACACGAAAGCGCACCUUUUAUUCCAAGCACAUUUUUCUCGCACGGAUGUUCCAACUGAUUACCGUACGGAUAUGAGAAGCGUACUCGACCAGUGUGUGCGCAUAUUACAGGCUAUGCGCGAUGUCUGUCAGUUGAAUGGCUGGCUAUCAACAGCACUACGAAUAACAAUACUCCAACAGAUGUGUCACACAGGACGAUGGCAUGACGACCAUCCUUUGUUGUGCUUGCCACACUUGAAGAUCUACGACGCGGAGAGAAUUGGUUCAUGUGGUGCUCCUUUCGUAAAAUUAAUCUGUAUACCGAACUUCGAACGAUAUUUUAAAGGGACCGAUCCACCAUUCCACUCUUACAACAUCAGUUUGGUUGUUCGAGCUCUAUGUCGAUGGCCCAUCCUUUCCAUAAGUGGACUUCGUUUGUCAAGAAAUGCGAAAGAGCUUCGAAUCGAUGAUGAGGACUGGUUGCAGUUAGAGCGCAAUACCUCUUAUAAGUUGCAGUUUCACAUAGAUAUGCUUGGACCAGGUCGGUUCAACACUGAAGCCUACCUGACACAAUGGUCUAAAGAGAAAACAGCCGGAUGGAUAGUGAUUCUCGGAGAAAAGGACAACGACAGGAUGAUAUCACUGUGUUAUGUGAGCGCAGUUCAGAAUGACCGCACUGUUCGAAUGGAUUUUGUCACGCCGGACAAGAGGUUUAGGAAGGUGUUAUUUGUGCGUCUUCAUAAUGUCCGAUUGUUAUCUAGGGAUCGAUCAAGAACUACAGAUCAAAGCCGAUCUGAUAUGAUGACCUUUUCGACUUUCUAG